UAUUCCUGACUCCUCCCACUGUCCAGACGUCCUGGAAAUGGAACAUUUUCAGGUAGGAGCAGAUGGAGGAGGAACACCUCUUCGGAGGCGCAGUAUGCCCAGGACCAUGAUUUACGAAACUUAGCAGCAGACAAGCCCCCGGUGUAGCGGAGGAGGGUCUCCUUUGUGUAGUCCAGGUACACAGGGCUGGUGAAUCCUGCGGUGAAUAUGCGGGCCUAACUUUUGGAUAAUGAUUGACUCUGCUUAAAGUUUUUCAGACGAGAAAUAAACAGCAUGGGACGAGUCGGAGAAGGCGUGUAGUUGACUGUAUAGGGGUUAUUGAGUUAAAUCCCUCGCUACAGGGUAUAGCCCACCUUUUACUUUUCCAUGUGACCCGAUAUCAUGUUCUCUCGCGGAUCGAAAAAGCGACGAUCAAACCGCUCGCAGCAGCAGCAGCAGCAGGAGGACCCGGACAAGGGGCAGCCCUGCAUGCGAUGCGGCGACCAGUGUCCGGGCUUUAGUGUGCAUGGCUGGAGGAAGAUCUGCGUGCACUGCAAGUGUGUGAGGGAGGAGCAUGCGGUGCGCGCCGUCCCGGGACAGCUGGAGAAGAUGAUGACCAAGCUGGUGUCGGACUUCCAGAGGCACUCCAUCUCCGACGACGACUCGGGAUGCGCCUCCGAGGAGUACGCCUGGGUCCCGCCGGGGCUCAAGCCUGAACAGGUGUACCAGUACUUCAGCUGUCUCCCUGAGGACCGGGUGCCUUACGUCAACAGCCCCGGAGAGCGAUACCGCAUCAAGCAGCUGCUUCACCAGCUGCCCGCGCAUGACAGUGAGCCCCAGUACUGCAACUCCCUGGACGAUGAGGAGAAGAAGGAGCUGCGUCUGUUCAGCCAGCAGAGGAAGAGGCAGAACCUGGGCCGCGGCAUGGUGCGCCUCUUCCCCCUCACCAUGACCGGGGGCGUCUGCCAGCAGUGCGAGCGGCAGAUCAGCGGCGGGGACAUUGCGGUGUUUGCGGGCCGGGCGGGGCAGGGCAGCUGCUGGCACCCCGAGUGCUUCCAGUGCGCCUCCUGCAGCGAGCUGCUGGUGGACCUCAUCUACUUCCACCAGGAGGGGGAGAUCUACUGCGGACGGCACCACGCCGAGAGGCUCAAGCCCCGCUGUCAGGCCUGCGACGAGAUCAUCCUGGCUGACGAGUGCACGGAGGCGGAGGGCCGGCACUGGCACAUGCAGCACUUCUGCUGCUUUGAGUGCGAGGCGUCGCUGGGCGGCCUGCGCUACAUCAUGAGGGAGAGCCGGCCGUACUGCUGCUCCUGCUACGAGGGCCUCUACGCAGAGUACUGCGACACCUGCGGGGAUCAGAUCGGUAUCGACCAGGGCCAGAUGACGUACGAGGGCCAGCACUGGCACGCGGUGGAGUCCUGUUUCUGCUGCGCCCGCUGCCGCCUGGCGCUGCUCGGGCGUCCCUUCCUCCCGCGUGGGGGGCUUAUCUUCUGCUCCCGGGCCUGUUCCCUGGGAGAGGACCCCAACAACUCUGACUCCUGCGACUCGGCCGUCCAGAGCCGGUCCCCGCAGCACCAGCGCUCCGAGAGGGCCGAUAAAGUCAGGCAUCCUCCGCGCUGUGCUCCACAAGCACCACUAGGGGGAGCCAACCUCUACAUUACCCUCGCAAAGGACAGCAUUCACACGGGGGUGGAGAAUAAAGGUGUUAAUUGCUCUCCUCAAAACGGCGCGCCUCUGGUGAGCGGCCAACCCCACCUACGAGGCUCGUACUCUCCCCUUCCUCACAUUCACUUGGGGAACGGCUUCGGCCCGCCGUGGCCCAGAGACGCGUCCCACUACGGUUUGCCCUCUGGGGAGCGCGGGUCCAAACCGUCCCUGGGCAGCCUGGAGCCCCAGGGAGAGCUCCUGGGCCACACCGUGCACCCGCUCAGCAGCCUGCACUCCAGAGGCACGUCCACAGCCAUCGACUGCAGGAGCUGGGUGGAGCGCAGCAGUCCUGCCCGACCAGUCUUCCCUCCCAACCAAUCGCCGGUCCUCCAUGUCAGCCGCGCCCCCCUCUCCGAGUCCCCCCCUCUCCCGCCUGCCAUCCCAGACGACUUCCCGCCCCCCCUCCCCACCAAGGCCCGGGACUUUAAGGCCUGCGACUCCCCCGUGCUGAGUCUCCCCCCGCCGGAGGACCGCCUCGGCAGCCCCCCUCCGCUGGCCCGCAACGGGGCGGCCCGGGUCAGCUUCAGAGAGCCCAUCAGCUCCAGCUAUUCUGUGGAUGAAGACGAGGAGGAGGACGAGGAGGAAGAGGAGAACGAGGAGGAGGAGGAGGAGGGGCGGGCGGGAGAGGGGGAGGACGGCCGUCUGGAUGAGGAAGAGUUGGAGGAAGGGUUCGGGCGCAGGCUGCAUCUGAAGAAGGGCAUUCCUCCUCAGAUGGAUCUACUGGAUGGAUCCGGCUACCAGCAGCGCAGCCUGCGCCGCGGUGUGAGCCGCAACCGCGUCACCUCCGACUCCAGCCUCCACCUGGGCACCGAGAGGCGGUUCCGCCGCACGCCGUCGGACCGGCCGCGGCUCGACGCCCUGGACUGGAGAGGAGGGGGGGGAGGAGGAGGAGGAGGAGGAAGAGGAGGAGGAGACGGGGAGAGGAAGGGCGGCCCCUCCCUGUCCCUCCAGCAGGGCCACCAGAAACACGAGGAGGGCUGCUCCACCUGCUCCUCCUCCUCAGACUCUGAGGAGGAGGGCUUCUUCCUGGGCCAGCCCAUCCCGCUGCCCCCCCAGCUCCGGAGGCAGCAGCAGCAGCAGGCCGCGGGCGGACAGGAGGAAGACGCCAAGGGGGAGCGGGAGGAGGGGGGGAGGGACCGGGGUCUCCGGGGCAGCAUGAGGCGGGGAAGGCAGGCCGAGAGCUUGGGGGCCAAGGACAAAGACAAAAACUGUGCCAUCUCCUAGCCCAGAGAGCCCGCCCGCACCUCAGACGCUCCGCAGAGUCCAAGGGUCCGAGGAAAUGUAAAUAUGUCGUGGCCGCUGAGAUGUCUUUGAGAUGGGGGACCAGAGUGAUCCUCAUGACGGUCACCCUGGUCUUGAAUCCUAUUCAACUAUGCAGGCUUUCUGAACGUAGACUACACAAGCUGUUUCACAGAAGUGUUUACAUCUACGGAGCAGAGUUGAGGCUACUUCUACCAUAAACUUGAAAGUUGUUUAUAUGUAAGCAUUUUGAGAUGAUCAAGCAAAAUACUUACACAUUGGAGAAGAGAAGAGGAUUGUGGCUUUUACAGGGAAAGGUUGUGUAGAAAUUGACAUAAGUACCAAAUAUUAUCUAUUUACUGAUAGUGGUCUUUCUAUGCUGUUUUUAUUUCCACAUUUCUUUGAAAUCAAUAUUUAUAUUCAUGAAUACUCUGUGGCAAAGUAUGGGGUUCAACUGUGUCUUGAAUCAGGCAGGUUAUGGUUUUAAACUCAAAUAAAAUGGAGAUUACUGUGAGAAUUUAGUCUAGGUAAAGAUCAAAUAUUUCUUUGGACCAAGUUGUGUUUUUACAUUCCAGGGGAUAUGCUUAGGCGUUCCAUAGGGCCAAUGCUAUUAUUUUUUUUUAUACAUAUAUAUUUGAUUUUAGGUAACAACAUUUCCAGAGAUGAUGACCAGUGCUUUAUGUAAGACACUUUUAUAUCGACAUUAAAACAUUGUAACUUUUUCUGA